CAUACGUAAUCCCGAACACCCCAAUAUUCAAAAGAAAAAGAAUGGCAGAGUUCCUAACAACUCCCAUGGAAGCUUUCUCCUCUAAAACCCACGAAAACGUGCAAUCACAACCCUUUAAUGGAGUUCUUCAUAUUCAGAAUCAAUCUAUCGUAUAUAAUUUAUGCCUCUUUCGUCUUCGCAAUAUUAGUUUAAAAUCGGAGAUCGUGCAAAUGGCCGGCAUAUGUUUCCUAAACAAUUAAGUUCCAUCACUAUCAAUGCCAGAUCUAUCCAGGGUUUUGCUCCAUGACUUCACCUAAAUCACUACACGAACACGUAGAAGAAGAAGAAGAAGGUGAAGAAAUAUAUUUAUGUUCCUUAUUCAACAUGCGACAACAUCGCCGGGAAUAUCUCGGAACGCGGUUUCGCACCUCCUUCUUCAGUGACUGGUGUGUUUUUCUUCUUUCGUCACCAACAAUUACGAGUUUCUUCUUUUUUCAGAUCUUUUUUUAUACAAAAAACCUGAGAGAUCUCUACAGCUCAUUGAAAAUCUCUCUUUGCCUUCGUCAAAUUUAAUUUAUAGUUUCAGUAUAAGACUCUGUCGUACGUCAUCAAUAUGCAAGUUGAUUGUGUUGUUAUCAUUGAAAUCUGUAGUUAACCUCUUUCAGUUUCAAAAUCGUUAACACAUAUUUGAUAUUUGUAACUACAUAUCAAUCAUAUACAGAGUAUUGGAAUAUAAAUCAUUUGGAAAAUUAAGAACAAAAUCGAUCAAAUGUUGCAAUGAGAAAUUCAUUUGGUAAGUAAUCUGAGUUUUAUCGGUUUUUAUCUAACAAUUAGCCAAAUGUAGGAAGAUUUUGAUCAUUGCUUCAGUAAUUUAAGAUGACAAUAAGUGUAAUCUAGUAGCUACACAUUUAUCUUGAUAUCUCUUCUGUGUCUUGAAAUGAAGAAUGAAGUUUUUUAGAUAAACAAUUGACGAUUAUCCCCUUCUCAAUUCUCAAUGAUGCCCCUUCUGACACGUAUCCCUGUCAGCAUGUUGAUUAAUCUGAUUCAAACCCUAUGAAAGGUCACGUUAGCUGUAUUAGCACCUAAACAAACACAUUCUAAUGAUUGUUUAUGACAUAAUCAAAUUCUUCUAUUAUAUUAUGAACAUAAUAUGGUGAUUAAACAAACUAAACCAAUCAACUGACACAUAAUCCAUCCAUAAAUAGCUUCUCUUGACACUUGUGACAUGACAGAUAACUCCAAACAUUUAUUCUUUCAUUUCUAUUUCUAUUUUCAACUAUACAAAAAAAAAAAAAAAUGGAAUCUGUGUCUACUCUUUUGGAAGGAGAAAGGAACUACUUUAGUGGAACAUAUGUUAGUGAAGAAGCUGAUUUCAUGGCACAAUUACUAGACAAUGCAAACACCAAUAGUCUUCUUUUUCCCACUUCAAGUGGGGAAAGCUACCUCUCAAUCUCCUCUUCAGGGGGCAACAACAAAAGGGGUAUUUCCAUCAUUCCUUUUUUCUCAAAAAUGGAAGGAGAGGAAGCAACAGAGUUUGAUAACAUGACACCAAGCUCUAGGAAACGCUCUUAUAGCUUCGAUGAUGUUCAAAUGGGUUGGAAGAAGACAAAGUUUACAAACAUGAAUGACUCAGAUGAUGACUCAAAUAGAUUGCAAGAUUUAAGUCCAAGACCACAAGGGGUUCCAAUGGCAAAUUCAAGUGGCAAGAAAAGAGCAAGUAACGGCUCAGCAACUGAUAGUCAAAGUGUCUACGCGAAGAAAAGAAGAGAGAGGAUCAAUGAAAGGUUGAGAAUAUUACAAAGUCUUGUCCCUAAUGGUACAAAGGUUGACAUAAGCACGAUGCUUGAAGAAGCUGUUCAAUAUGUUAAAUUUUUACAACUCCAAAUCAAGCUUUUGAGCUCUGAUGAUCUAUGGAUGUAUGCUCCUCUUGCGUACAAUGGUAUGGACAUUGGACUUGAUAUAACUCUUCCUUCAUCAAGAUAAUACAUGAUUCCAUGAUUCUAUAUUGUUUUUUUUUAUUCAAGUUUUUGAGUCCAUAAAAAGAUGUGCUUCUAUGUUCAACCUUCAUGGGUUUUUUUUUUUCAUGAACAUGGUGUCUUAAAUGUUUAUGGACAUGAGCUUUUUCUUGAGUUCCUCGUAGUUUUUGUAUGAAAAAAUGUUUGCUAAUUUGUUGCAAACAGAGUGUUGAGCAUUUCUUGAUAAAUGAAAAUUGUCAAUUUGUUCUUCU